AUGAAAGGUGGUGUUUACCAAAAACAAUACAGAGAAACUGAUGAUUCAUUCUUUUACGACGAUUUUUAUAAUCCACAAGAAUUUUGGAUUAAAUUAAAUGAUGGUGAUAAACCUGAUGAAGAUUAAAUUAUUUUUUAAGGUAGACUCUAUUAAAAAGCAGGAAAGCAUAAGAAAUGGACAGCCUAUCACUUUGAGUUGUAUUCUGAUAAAUUAAUAAGAUUUGAUUUAACACAGCUAAAAACGAACAAUGCGGAUGCUAAAAAGGACCAAGCAGCCAUGUAAGCAAAGAAUCCAGAUGCAAAUAAUUAAACUCAAACUCCAAAUAGCAACUAAUCAAUAUAAUAACCAAACUAACCAGAAGAAGGGGUAGUUGCAGAAUAUAUACCUAUAAAUUCCUGCUUUUUAAAGAAAAUAAAGUAUUCAGAUAAUUCGUACAGCAAUUACAAAUAUGGUAUAAGAUUGUAGAGGGGAGAGCACAAAAGUGAGCUAUUUACAGAAAACUCUGACACUUUUAAUAAGUGGCAUGACGAAAUAAAAAGAUUUUGUAUUCUACCUAAAUUUACAAAGAAAUAUAAAUGCCUAACAAAGCUUAAAAUAUAAACUUUAAUGCCUAAUUCGACAUAAUUCUUCAAAUGUUUUAGAUAUAGCGACUCCAGUCAGUAUUGUGUUAGAGUGGUAGAAAAAUAUUCUCUUUCGGAUUCUAAUAAAUAAGCCUUAUUAAAAGAAAUAUAAAUUUUACGAAAAUUGGAUAAUCCUUUCCUUUGCAGGCUAUAUGAAAUAUAUGAAGAUGAAAAUAAUAUUUAUUUAAUUACUGAACUUUUUUAAGGCAAAGAUAUGAAAUCAAAACUUAGUGACUGUUUAAUUUUAGACGAAAAGACUAUUUCAGAAAUUAUGUGGAGAUUGCUGUAAGGAUUACACCAUAUGCAUUCAAAAGGAAUCUUUCAUAGAGAUAUAAAGUUGGAAAACAUUCAAUUUAGAAAUUCACAAAAUAUCACUGAUGUAUGCUUAACUAAUUUUUAUAUGGCAGAUUUUGUAGAUCCAAAAGGCAAAUAAACAUAUAAAAAAUGUGGCACUGCUGGUUUUAUAGCUCCUGAGAUAUUUAAAUCUAAACAUUAUGAUUAAAAAAUAGAUAUUUUCUCUUUAGGAAUAGUUUUUUACAUUUUGAUGUUUGGGAAGAUGCCUUUUGAUGCUCCCACAGUUGACUAAAUAUUAUAGCUAAAUGAAUAAUGUGAGAUUGAUUUUACUUCAAAUGAUUGUGCUAUAAAAUGCACAUCAUCUGCUAUUGACCUUUUAAAAAAAAUGUUAAAUAAAGAUCCUAGCUAAAGGGCAAACGCUUUUUAACUGAUUAACCACACUUGGUUUAUUAACAUGAAGAAUAGAGGAGAAGAUGGAAGAAUGAGAAAUAAUUUUUAUGGAAUGCCUACAUUAUCAACAAUUUAAGAAAGGUCAAGUGAAAUAGUUGAAGUUAGUAGUAGAUAAGAUUUAUUUUAUAGAAGAGGUGAAAACGGUCCGAAUAAUUCUAGUAGAAUAUAUGAGGAAAAUAAUAAUGGAUUUGAAACUUUAAAUUAAAAAAUGAGAACCCUAAAUAGUAAUAUAUUUUCAAAAGUUCCUUCUAAAUACAGGCAUGACAUGGCUAUGUCGAAGCUUCUUUGA